AUGACAAUAAUAUCUUUAUCAUCUGAUGUAAAUCUUUAUUCAAUUGUUGAAUUAUUAACAAGUUCAAUAGAUGAUAAGAAAUCAUUUGAUGAAGCAACUCAAUGUGGUGCAAGAAUUUAUACAUGUUCGAAACUUCGUUCAAAAUUUUGUUUUUUAACUCCAACAGUAACAAAUUUGGAAAAUAUUCUUGAUGCUGCUAGGGUAUCUGAUACAAUAAUAUAUGUUAUAUCAUCUUCAAAUGGUAUAUCAAUUGAAGGAGAUUAUUUACUUGAUUUAAUUAAUGUUCAUUGUCUUCCUGGUAGUGUUAUUUAUUCAAUAAUUGAAUCAAAUGAUGAUUCAAUGUCAACAAUAUCAUCAUUAACAUCAAAAAAUUCUUCAUUAAAAAAUUUAGAAAAAUAUCUUGAAAAAAAAUAUUCAAAUGUUAAAUUAAUUCCAUUAAAUAAUCAACUAGAUGGUCAACGUCUUCUAGCCAAAUUAACUCAACAAAAAUUAAUUAAAACAACAAAAAAAAUUUCAAGACCUUAUUUAUUUGCUCAAACUUUUUCUUAUUUAGAUCCAAAGUCAUCAAAAAGUACAUUGAAAUUAAGUGGAUAUUUACGUGGAAUUGAUUUAUCUCCAAAUGAUCUUGUUUAUAUUCCAAAUCUAGGAACAUUUCAAUUAGAAAAAAUCGAACAACAUCAAUUUCAACGAGAUUCCGAUGGAAUAAUAAAAUCAACAGUUGAAAAAACAUAUGAAUCUGAUCGAAAUCUUCAACGAUCAUUGACAUUUGAAGCUGAACAAGAUCCAAUGAAUAUUGAUCAAGAACAAACAUGGCCAACUAAACAAGAUAUUCAACAAUCAGAACAUCAAUUAAAAAAACGUGUUCCAAAAGGAACAUCAACAUAUCAAGCUGCAUGGAUUCUAUCAGAUGAUGAACAAGAUAACGAUUCUCUCAAUCAACAAAAUGAUCUCGAUGAAAAUCAUCAAAAUAUGAUUACUGAUUAUGCUGAUGAUUUACAAUCAAUUAAACUUGAUCAAGAAGAUGAAGAAGAAGAAGAAGAAGAAGAAGAAGAAGAAGAAAUGGAUGAACUUGUUAUUAAUCCAAAUAAUUAUGAUGAAAAAUAUGAUAUUGAAGAAGAUAAACAAAGGUUUGUUUUAUAG